GAGUUGAUUCGAAUAGGAUAUAUCACCGGUUCCGAACAAUGGUUAGAGGAUACGACUGAAUUGUACGAUCGUCCGGGCCAGAAGAUAUCCGGAGCUCUAACUUAUGCCAUUGCUGAAAUAAAUUCGGAUGAAACAAUUCUACCGAAUCAUUACCUAGAUUUUAUUAUUGCCGAAACAUUUGGGAAAGAAAGUGAAAGUAUUAGACAAACAGUAUUAUUGUUAGAUAAAAAUAUAAGUGUAUACAUUGGACCUCAGGAAACGUGUAUACACGAAGGUCGUAUUGCUGCAUCGUUUAAUAUUCCUAUGAUUUCAUAUUAUUGUUCAGAAAAAGAAGUGAGCGAAAAGGAAGUAUAUCCAACGUUUGCUCGCACCAAACCAACCGUAUCUCAAAUAGCUAAAAGUGUGGUGUCUAUUUUGAGACUUUUUAAUUGGAAGAAAGUCACUUUCAUUCAUAGUAAUAGGGAAGCUAAAAUACAUACAGCAGACUCUAUUUGUGAGGUAGGUUUUUUUAGUAUCAACACCCAUGGGAUUACAAUUACAUUUAGGAAGAUCUACACAAAACAUUACUUCCAUGGCCACUCGGAGAAUCCAUUCAUCAAGAUUGUCAGUGAAACUCGACUAGAUACUAGAAUUUAUGUUAUGCUGGGUGCCUAUUAUGAAUUUAUUGGUUUAAUGGAUCAUCUACAAGAUACAGGGUUAUUAGAUUCCGGAGAAUAUAUAGUUGUAGGGGUUGACGAAGAUGCUUAUGAUAUCAACAACGUACAGAAUUAUUUACAAGGCAUUUUCUCGGACAAUGUAACUAAACGAGUAGCAGCGGCAUUUCGUCAUUUUAUAGGAGUAGUUCAUUCUCCACCAGUUGCAGAAGACUAUCUCAACUUUUCCAAGAUCGUCAACAAAUUUCUCGAAUCUCCACCAUUUAAUUAUACAAAUCCUUUUCGACAUCUAGAUAUAAUGAAAAAGAUAAAGCCAGAAGCCGCCUAUCUGUAUGAUGCUGUAUGGUUGUAUGCCAGAGCCGCUGAUAAAAUCCUCAAUAAACAACAGGACAUAAAAGAUGGUCGAUUGAUUAUUGAUAACAUCAAAGGCAUGACUUAUAAAAGUGCUAUGGGCUACAUCAGUAGAAUCAAUACAGUUGGUGAUGCUGAAGGGAAUUUUUCUCUGGUGGCCAGAAGACAGUUGGGUAACGGAGAGUGGGGAUUGUUACCCAUCGGUGUCUUCCGAUUGAGUGAAAAUCUUACAGAACUGCCGUCAUUCCAUUAUUAUGAAGGCGAAUCAAUUCGAUGGAUAGCAGGGUCUCCACCUGUAGAUGAACCUAGUUGUGGAUUUCGGCAUGAGAGGUGUAUCCCUAAGAAAACUUAUACAAGAGAAGCAGUAGGCGGUACAGUUGGUGGUAUAUUGUUAAUAUCUAUUGUGAUAUGUUACCUCAUCUACAGAAAUUGGAGAUAUGAACAAGAAUUAGCCAGCUUGUUAUGGAAAAUUGAUUACAAAGAUCUGAGUUUAGGUGAUCACUAUUCACAAACUUUCCAUGGAGGUCGCAUAAAGCCGAAUGGUCUAUGUAAAUCUGGAAGUCAAAUCUCGCUGAUAUCCCAAGUUGAUGUUGACUUACGACAACUGUUUACUCAUGUUGGAACAUAUCGAGGUACCAUCGUAGCAAUACGGAUUGUGAAUAAGAAGCAUGUAGAAUUAACCAGAAAUGUGAGAAAAGAAUUAAAAAUUAUGCGUGAAUUACGACAUGAUAACAUAAUACCAUUUAUUGGAGCGUGUAUAGAUGCACCUAAUAUAGGUUUAUUGGUGAUAACUCAGUAUUGUGGUAAAGGAAGUUUACAGGAUAUCUUAGAGAAUGAAGAUUUACAACUAGAUUCUAUGUUUAUAGCCUCACUGGUAUUUGAUAUUAUUAGGGGAAUGCUCUAUCUACAUAAUAGUGAAAUCAAAUCCCAUGGUAAAUUGAAAUCGUCUAAUUGUGUUGUGGAUAGUAGAUGGGUUUGUAAAAUAGCAGAUUUUGGUUUACACGAAUUUUUAUCUGGGCAAGAGGAAGAUUUGGGUGAAUAUGCUAAAUAUAGAAAUUUACUAUGGAGAGCACCUGAAUUAUUACGAGAUAAGAACAUGCCUGCUAGAGGAACUCAAGAAGGUGAUGUGUAUUCGUUUGGUAUCAUAAUGUUUGAAAUACAAGGUAGAAUGGGUCCAUUUGGUAACAUAGAUCUAUCUCCGAAAGAUAUUGUACAACGAGUAAAGAAUACAAGAGAAGAUUUGCCAUUCCGACCACGACUCUCAGAAUUAAGUUCCACACCAAAAUUCAUCACUGACGUCAUUAAAGAAUGCUGGGAUGAAGAUCAAACAAAAAGACCAGAUUUUACGGAGAUUAAAUCGAAACUGAAACCCAUGCAGAAAGGAAUGAAAGCGAAUAUAUUUGAUAAUAUGUUAGCUAUUAUGGAGAAGUAUGCUGAUAGUCUAGAAGCACUGGUUGAAGAUAGAACUGAUCAACUGAUACAAGAAAAGAAGAAAACAGAGGAACUUCUUCACCAAAUGUUACCCAGUUCUGUAGCUGAUCAGUUGAUGACAGGAAAACAAGUAGAAGCAGAAGCUUUCGAAUCGGUGACAAUAUAUUUUAGUGAUAUCUGUGGUUUCACUGCCAUGUCCUCUGAAAGUACACCAAUGCAGGUUGUGGGAUUACUCAAUGAUCUCUAUACAUUAUUUGAUUCUAUAAUUGAAUACUAUGAUGUAUAUAAAGUAGAGACAAUAGGUGAUGCCUAUAUGGUAGUCAGUGGUCUACCGAAACCCAAUGGUAUUAUCCAUGCUGGGGAAAUUGCUUCUAUGUCCCUCCAUUUACUUGAAGCUAUUGGUAAAUUCAAAAUACGACAUCGUCCAGAUGAUAAGCUGAAAUUAAGAAUCGGUGUACAUACAGGAAGUUGUGUAGCAGGUGUUGUUGGGUUGAAAAUGCCCCGGUACUGUUUAUUUGGCGAUACUGUAAAUACUGCUUCUAGAAUGGAAUCUCACGGUGAAGCCUUAAAAAUCCACUGUUCUCAACAAGUAAAAGAGUUAUUAGACCAACUAAGUGGUUAUGAACUUGAAGAAAGGGGCGUGGUUUGUAUGAAGGGUAAAGGGGAUCAAACGACAUAUUGGAUUGUAGGUGAAGAUACGGAGAGACGACAGAGACGA